CACCUUUCAAAUCAGAACACAACAAUUCCAACAAUUGCUAUUUGGCGGUAGAAUAUCUGAUGAAUGAAUGGUACCCACCUAGCCGGGCUUGCACACAGCCCUACUACCAAGAAAAAUAGAUUCUAAGAUUUCACCACACACUCAAAGUCUUUCUUUUAUAUAGAACCUUUCUCUUUAAAGGCAGUUUGCUUAUAAAAUGCUUUGACACCAGAUAUAAACAUGCUCAAUCUGACACGUUUAUAAAAGACUCAUUUACAUACUUACAAAUCGUUUAAAUAGUCAUUUUUUUUUUGUUUAUAGAGCUAUAAACAUUUAGAAUACUUAUAUGUACACGCCUUUUUACUUCUUUAUAGUUUACUGACAUGUUUAUGUAAUUGUAUUAUGUGAUCUUCUCUGCCUAAAGACUUACCUUUAUCUUACCUUUAGCAUUUUAUUAUUGAUGGUGAAGUCAAGGGAUCAAUUUAGAAAAAGCUCUGUGAAUUUGUUAAUUAUAAACAUAUUACUUUACUAAUAAUAUAUAUGUAUGUAAUUGUAUAUAGAUAGAAAUUUAAAUAGCAAAACUAUAAUUCAUUAGCAUCAUAUUAUUAAACUUCCUUAAACAACAAAAAUCAAUUUAAUAUACCUAACACCUAUAGCAAAAACACUACAUAUAAAAUUCUCAGUAACAUUGUAAAUAUACACAUGACAAAAAUAUAUAUUCUACAUUCACGCACACAUAAACAUCUUAUUAUAAUUUGAUAAGCUCACGAUACUAUUGAGGCAAAUCAACGUCAUCGCACAACUCAUAACCUCAUGAACAAACAAAGACUUAAAAUGAAUAAUGUGCGUAAGGCCAUAGUUUUUAUUGUUUUAAUUCUACAAGAAAUAUACACACAAAACGAAACGGACUACGUGAUUCCAGAAAUAACUAUCCAAGCAUUGAAACCUAAAGGUUUUCGAGCAUUUAUACCAGGAGAUCCAAGAAUAAAUUUACUUCAUAUUGAAGCGAAUUUUUACGAUUCUCUACAAUACGUUGGUGGUGUUAGAGAAUUUGUGACCACAGAGACAAAUGGCAGAUGGAUGUAUGAAGAUCGUGUGUCACAAUUAAAAGUCGGAACCGUCGUGGUGUACUACGUGUUUGUAGCUUUACGUAGGGGGGAACUGGAUUAUUCUAAUCAGUUUUUGGCUUACGCCGUUAACGGCUAUGCAACUGGUGGUAAACAGCACAAAAUUACCGAAUUACAAGAUCCAGAUGACUACAGUGCCCCAUCAACCGUACAAAGUGAGUGUCGUCCAACGGUUACUCGUAUCCACGGUGGAGCAGCUUGCGCUGGCCAGACGAUAUUUGAAGAUGACUUUGAUGUUCUUCGAGAAGACCUGUGGCAAAUAGAUCAAUAUAUUCCAAAAGAUCAUCCGGAACAUCCAUUUAUAUCUUAUCAAAAGCUGCCCUCAGAUUCCGUACUAAAAGUUGAGAAUGGAACACUUAAAAUUCAACCAAUACUUCAGCAAGAUUUACCCGGUUUCACAAAUAAUUCUUUGUUUUCUAAAGUAUUGGAUCUACAAGAUGAAUGUACCGGCAGUGUCUGCAUUACAAAAGGGACUGGCCUGGAGAUUCUACCACCCGUCGUUAGCGGUAGGCUAAGCUCGAAAUUCUCCUUCACUUACGGCAUUGUGGAAAUACGCGCCAAGAUGCCAAUUGGAGACUGGCUUUACCCAGAACUCUUCCUGGAAUCAUUAACGAAAAAAUAUGGCAGCACGAAUUAUGCCUCUGGCGUUUUGAAGAUUGCUACAGUUUUUGGGAAUAAGCAAUUAAACGAACCUCUAUACACGAAUAAAUUUUUAAGAGGAAUAGCUUUAACUAAUGCUGUUUGUAAGCCUGUUCGUGAUGAUACCAAGGAAUAUAUUAACGGUACUUGGAGUGAUGAUUUCCAUGUUUUCUCUGUCAAGUGGACACCGAGUUCGAUAGAACUAUCUGUUGAUGGACAAAUAUGGAGUCGUGUCCGACCAGGGAAAUAUGGACUGCGGUCUUGGAUGCCAAUUUACUGUCGGGAUAAAUGGCUCAAACUACUUAAUGGCGGUGGCAAGAUGGCGCCCUUCGAUCAUUAUUUUUAUUUGAGUCUCGGUUUAUCCGUCGGUGGAACAGAAUUCCCGGACUCAUUGAAAACAAGUGACGGCAGACCCAAGCCGUGGAUUAAUCUGCAUCGAAAAGCAACAUUGAAUUUCUGGAAGGAUGAAUCCAACUGGCACCCUACUUGGACCCAACCUUUGUUAAUUGAUUAUGUAAAAAUUAAAGCGUUAUGAUUUAAUAGUCAAUUUAGUUGCUAAAACUAUUUCAGUUUUCACUUUUAAAUAGUAAUUUUACAUUUAUUAUAAUAUGUAUUGUAGGACUUAUUGAGAUAUAAAUACUAUGUAAAGAUUUAGAAAUAUACAAUGUCCGUCCCAACUUCGUAUGGGUGGAAUAA